GUACGAGUAUAAAAAGUGAUUUUCCAAAAAUUUAAACGUCUUAGAAUAAAAAUAUUCAACGAGCGGAGAAUGUAAGCGAUUAAGCACCCCAUAGAGACAGCGCAUUAUACCGAAAGCGUAAUGACUACGACGAUUGUAAACAAUAGGCAGUUCUGUUUCUACACCCUGGGAUUGCUUAUUGUAUGGCUAAUUGUUUUGGCCACAGCCAGCAGCAGUGACAAUCUGUUACAACCGCAACCAAAUUUGGAGGAGGAGCAAAGGAAUACCCGAAAUUGCAAGGGUCUGUGCGAUCAAUGUGCCUGUCUGGGAUUUUAUUGUGGCGAGGAGUGCAUUUGUGAGUGUAACAAUGAUAAUGGGGAUACGGAAUGCAUUGCCCGCAUGCAAGAGAAUGCAGCAGCUUUGAAAAUGCCCUUUGAGCUUUUGAUCCAAGGACCUUCGCGCAAUACAUUUGUGCGCAAUGCCUUUCAAUUUGAACAGAACAAUGGAAAGGGGCACUUUUCAUCGAAUAUUUAUCCCAAGAAAAGAUUUACGGUGACUGUGUAUCGACCUGAGGGCAAGCAUAGGCCAAAAGUAAUCAGCAAUUCAAAGGUCAAUGUCAUAGAGAGCGACAGCAUUAAGGCAAAGCUUAAGGAUAGACCCAAACGUUCUUCGGAAAGCAGAUCGAGAAGACAGUUUGAGUGGUUUAGUGAAUUGUCGCAGAAUUUGGUAAAGCCAGCUCCCUUGGGAGGGCGUAAAAAGAAAACACCAACCACAGAAGCUCCCUGGACAGAGAAACCCAGAACAACAAAAUCCAGCUUGGGUUUGGAUAAAUCUUGGUUCACUGAAGCUGUGGGCACCAUUUUCACACCGGCACCCCUGGCCAAGAGAAGAGGUUCUACGAUCUAUAAAAAAGGCCUAAACGAAAGUAGUGAGGAUGAGGAUAGCGAUGAAGAGAGUCGUGAGAGAGAGACAGGUGAUGAUGAUGUAGUUAAGGAGAGAUAUGCUACAAGUACUCCAUUGCCGUUUCUACCAAAAGCUCGUAAGGAAAUAUUGAAGACUUUCGGUAGGGAUUUAUCCCAAGCCUUUGGCUUUAAUGCGGAUAAGUCUCAUGAAGAGGAAGAGGAAGAUGAAGAUGAAGAGCAUGUGGAAAGUGAUACAGAUGAUGACGAUGAUGUUCCCAAAAUGAAAAACAAAUUUGUGAAAAAACAAAAAAAUAGCCCCAUUCAAAACAAUAUAAGAGAGGGUUCUGCAAGAUUAAAAGCUUUUGGGCGAGAUUUAUCGAACGCCUUUGAUUUCAUACUGGAUAAAUCCAUAGAGAAGGCUACUGAUAAGGAUGAAGAUCACCAUGAUGAUGAUGCUGAUGAUGCUGAUACUAAUGAGGAUGAUGACAAUGAAAGAUAUGAAAGGAAACCCAAGUUUCUUACUAAAAAUGUGAGCAAAAAACAAAACCGUGCUUCCACCUCUGAGAAAUCAAAGUAUCUCGAUGAUGACUCAGAUGAUGAUGAGUUGGGCACUAAACUUGAGCAAAGCUUGGUGGAGAGUUCUAAGAAGAAACGCAGGAAAGCUAAGAACUCUUCCAAGGCAUUCUUGGCGCCGCCUAAGAGAACAUCCAAGCGUUAUAAUGUCGAAGACAAGAGCGAAGAAAGCGAGGAGAAUACAUUCCCUACAACUUGGUGGAGACCUGGACGACUUUUGAAAAAAGUUCAAUAUGUAUUGAACCCGUAAUAAUACUGAAUUUUAAAUUUUUUUUUAAAUUUAUAGAA